CCAAACAGAACUCAACGACCAACAUAGAGGGCUUUGAACACAAAACUAACACCAAUCGUUCUUUGACAGAAGGAACAACAUGGUGGAGGGAGAGAGAGUCACAACACAACACUAUAUGGAAUCAUCAUGCAUAAGCAUCACUAGAGAAUAGAAAUAGAGAGAGGGAAAGUGUGUGUGUGUUUGUGUGAGAGAGAAAGAGAAGAAAGUGGAGUCUUUUGACUGAGCCUAGCCGGCAAAAGCCGUCUAAGGUUGUUGUCUGGUUGAUGAUAAUGUUCUUUUUAAUGUCUGAAUACGCGUUGAACUUUCAGACAUACCCACCACCACACUUUUUUUUUUUCUAGUGAACCUUCUGAUCCAUUUUCACCCUUAACCUUAAUCCCAAUUCAAAGGUCCACUUAGUCUUUUGCCCCACCCUCCUUUCUUUUUUUAAAUUGAUUCCUUGGUUUAUAUAAAUUGUAUAUUAGUCUCUGAGUGUUAUCACCUUCAUUCAUCUCAGACUUUUUUGUUUUUAUUGCUUGAAUCUCUUCUCCUUUGUUGAACAAUGAUUCCUUUAUGACAGUUAGCGAUUGUUGUUGGAGGGUUAUGAAUUGUGGGUUUGGUUCAAGUUUGCUUCUUUGGAAUUGGGUCGGGCAGGAAUCUUUCAGUAUUAGAGUUUUGAUAUCUGAUUUUGAAUUGGGUAUGUGUCUAUGAAGGAAGUUUUCAUCGUUGCCUUUGAUAGAAAAAACAAAAGAAGGUUUGAAUUGGGUAUGUGUCUAUGAAGGAAGUUUUGAUAUCUGAUUUUGAAUUGGGUACGUGUCAAAGAAGGUACUGUGUAGUGGUUGAGUUUUUUGUUUUUAUGAGUUUUGGUGGAGUUGGUAGAAGAUGUGUUGCUGGUGAAUGAUGAUCCUACUUGUUGUAUAGUUGAUUUGAUAUCUUUGUGCUCCAACAUGGGCUGCAUAUGUUCUAAGGCUUCAGCUGUAGAGGACAGCAAGGAAGCUGUCACUGAGAAAUUUCAAUCGUAUAGCACAAGGCCUUCGGAGUUGAAUGUUUUGCGGUUGAAUUCGACUAGGAGGGUUGAUGAGGGUGGGGUGAAAGAUGUGUUAAUAGUUGGUGGUCAUGUGAAAGGUUCAUUGAUUGACAAGAAGGCCAACGGUUCAGGCCAGUUGUAUGGUGAUCAUGAUGCAAAGAAGAAAUUAGAGAAGCCGGAAUUGACUGUUGUGGAUCAUAUUGGCCCUGGAAGGGUUCCAAAGGCUAUUGAAGGAGAGCAAGUUGCAGCUGGAUGGCCGGCAUGGCUUUCUUCUGUUGCUGGUGAAGCUAUUAAGGGAUGGAUACCACGGAGUGCGAAUACGUUUGAGAGGUUGCAUAAAAUUGGGCAAGGAACUUACAGUACUGUAUAUAAGGCACGGGAUGUGAUUAACCAAAAGUUUGUUGCAUUGAAGAAAGUACGCUUUGACAAUCUUGAUCCUGAGAGUGUCAAGUUUAUGACAAGGGAAAUCCAUGUUCUGCGUAGGCUUGACCAUCCAAACAUAAUUAAAUUGGAGGGCUUGAUAACGUCACAGAUGUCUCGCAGCUUGUACCUUGUUUUUGAGUAUAUGGAGCAUGAUCUUACAGGACUUGCAUCAAAUCCUGAUAUUAAGUUCUCUGAACCGCAGCUGAAAUGCUACAUGCGGCAACUUCUUAGUGGAUUGGAUCAUUGUCAUAGUCAUGGUGUCCUCCAUCGUGACAUAAAGGGCUCAAAUCUUCUCAUUGACAAUAAUGGAGUCUUAAAGAUCGCUGAUUUUGGUUUGGCAAGUUUUUAUGACCCUCAGCACAAUGUUCCAUUGACAAGCCGAGUAGUAACUCUAUGGUAUAGACCACCAGAACUUUUACUUGGAGCCAAUCAUUAUGGGGUUGCAGUGGAUUUGUGGAGCACUGGUUGCAUACUGGGGGAACUAUAUACUGGAAGGCCUAUUUUGCCAGGAAAAACAGAGGUUGAGCAGUUGCAUCGGAUUUUUAAACUUUGUGGCUCACCAUCUGACGACUAUUGGCUUAAAUCGCGGUUGUCACAUUCCACAGUAUUCAGGCCACCACACCAUUAUAGGCGUUGUGUUGCAGAUACAUUUAAGGACUACCCAUCUACUGCGGUAAAGCUUAUAGAGACCCUACUUUCUGUAGAGCCAGCACAUCGAGGGACUGCAGCAGCUGCUCUGGAAAGUGAGUUCUUUAUGUCGGAGCCUCUGCCUUGUGACCCAUCAAGUUUGCCAAAAUAUGUUCCCAGCAAGGAGAUUGAUGCUAAAUUACGGGAUGAAGCCGUAAGGCAAGGAGUUGUUGGAGGUAGGGAACAAAAAGUUGCCUCAGGAGUUAGACAAGAAAAAGGACACAGGGCAAAUGUCACAGCAAAAGACAAUGCUGACCCAGGCUUAGCAGUGCAGCAAGGACACUGUUCCAGCUCAAGGAACCAAAGUGAAUUAUCAAACCCUCAUAGAGGAUCGGUGUCUGGAAUUCUGGUUUUCCCUCACAAACAGUCAGAAAAAGAAAUGAAUGAUAAUUUCUCUGGGCAUCUUUAUAAGAGGCCUUCACAUUCAGGCCCAUUGGUUCCUGGUUCUGUCUGGGCAAAAGGCAGGAAAGAAGUUGAUGAUGUGCCUCCUGUUUCAAACAGAGUGAACCUAUCAAAACUAUCUGGGCUAGUGGCAUCUAGGACUUUCUCUGAAGAUCAGGAGGUUAAACCAGUUCACUCGAACCACAGAAAACCAAUUGAAGUAAGAAAAUCCGUGGAGUCCACUAAUGGAUCAGAGUCGAGAAGAAGGCACGAUCAAAAACAGAUUGUUGAUCUCAAUCAAAUUGAAAGUAGAAGGGUCCCGGCUGAAAAAUCAACUCCGGGUGGGCGCGAGUCCAUGGGAAACAAGAUAUACCUCUCAGGUCCAUUAAUGGUUUCGUCAAGCAACAUGGAUCAGAUGCUCAAAGAGCAUGACAGAAAGAUCCAAGAGUUUUCAAGACGAGCCAGAAUUGACAAGUCAAGAGCAAGAGGUGAGAAAGUUUUUGCACAGCGGAAGUAGUCGAAUUAAGAUAACUAUUUCGGAUUGUUCAGCUGCUUACAUAUUUUUAUGACACCAUUUAUUUAUCUCAAACCUAAGGAAAGAAAAGAGCAGGGAGAGGAAGAGAGUGUAUUCAAUCUUACAGUAGCAAUGUAGCAUAUAUCAUGUAAAUUGCAGGCUUUAUAAGAAGAGUUUGGUCUUUCUUCAACUCUUCAUGUUUCACCCUUAUAUAAAAUAUAAGCAAUUCAAUUUAUUAUGUUCUUUCC